AUUAUAGUAUUUGUGAUUUGGUUUCCGGGUUGUGUUUCAUGUUUACAUAUGUUCACAAAACGAAUUUCUUCAUAAUUUAAUCAAUCUUCCAUUGAGUGUUAAUAUACAGUUUAAAAAUUUAUAAAAAUUAAUAAAUAAAAAUGGAGCACCCGAUUUGGUUUACUUCAACUGAUGGCUUGACUAAUGGAAUCAACCUGUGCAAUCAGAGCCUUUCCGAUGAAUGUUUCGUCAGCAUUAUUGAGUAUCUUUUUACCACAAUUGAUAGUCCCAAAGAUAUUACAAAUAAUGACUGUAUAGCCGACGUCCAACAGCUGCAGCUUGCUUCAGGUUUCGAUGAGCCACAAUUUCAGGUGGUGUUGAAAACGCUAGGCUAUCUGGUUAAAAGGUCGCUCAAAUUUAUGCUAAAACCUUCCACCCUGCAAACGGAUCUUCGGCAGCGGCUUCAGCUGAACGAGGCAAAGGCAAACGCAUUCGUCAAGUGUUGGAUACAGGCCACCAAAAUUAUUCUGGAUUCACUGGAAUCAGAUCAGCAGUCUGCGGAAAACCCCGGUGGCACAUCAAAUCAGCUGGAAGAUGUUUCCUGGAAGGUUCGGGCUCAGCUGUCUUCGGAGCCCCGGCAAAAGGAUAAACUAGCACUUGGUCAGCUAGAGCUAAGAACGACUAAAAAUGUGAUCAAUUUGGAGCUAAACUGUGACGAGAUUGUUGAGCUGUACAACCAGUUGGAAAGGAUACAGGUUGAAUUGGAUGCUGUGGCGUCCAGGGGCUGAUGAAAUGCAUUUUUUGUUUGAAUUUAUUUUUAGUAUGACGUAAAACGAUAAUUAACAGAUUGAUUUAAAAAAAUGUCCUUUGAUCCGAUCUGACCUUAAAUUUGGCAUGCGACAUUCUGGGGGGCCUAGGAAUCAUUGAAGU